CGCAGUCGAUUGUCAAUGUCGACCAAAUACCAGCCUCAACAGCAUCUUCGACAUCCACUUGAUCGUUGCCCAAUUUGGCUCACUCGCUGGGUCGGUUACCGACGCCAUCCUCCAAAGAAACAGCCCAACUACGUGGUUUGGUUCUGGUCGUUCAUCGGCGCCUUCAGUGGCCUCUGUGUCAUACAAGGAGUCUUCAAUUAUUCGCACUACUUCUUGCGAAGGCAUGUCCCCGGUGUUAUAGCUAGCUAUGGCGCGUCGGCCGUUCUUGUGUACGGCGCUAUCGAAGCCCCUUUGUCUCAGCCCCGGGCGCUGGUAGGCGGCCAUUUCCUCGCCGCUCUAACCGGAAUAUGCAUAACCAAGCUAUUCGAACUUAUGCCGGAUAAAGAACGUCUUGACUCGCUCCGAUGGCUGGCGGGCUCCCUGUCUGUCGCGACUGCAAUAGUCAUCAUGCAAAUAACCGGAACGACUCACCCACCUGCUGGCGCGACUGCCCUCCUAGCCGCUGUCAACGCAGACGUAUACGAAAUCGGAUGGUAUUACCUGCCCGUGAUCCUGCUAUCGUCCACGCUUAUACUGGUGGUGGCGCUGCUGGUGGAUAAUAUUCAGCGACGGUAUCCACUGUUCUGGUUCAGCCCCGCGGAAGCCGUUCCAGCGAAAGUAUCUGCCGACUUGUCUGGAGAAGAUGUUGAGCCGAACAACAGGCAGGAAGCUCCGAAAGCAGCGGGGGAACAUAGAGGUGGAACUGAUACCCCAGAUACUGUGAACGAGGAGAGGAAGACAGGUCCGAAGACGUCGGAAAGCAUGGUAUAACGAGAGAUGAAGGGACACGGCAGGUACGGUAAAAGCGUAUAAUACACUGUACGUGGUUGGGCUAUAAUUGUCGUCACGGCUGCUAAGCACGUUCAUGGUAUUUCUGAGUCUCUAAUUGCUUCCUGGCGUAAUUGGCGGUAAU